AUGCUGGCGGGAAUCCAGGGAGAGCGGAGCCUGGAGGACGAUGACCCCUCAGAAUGCAACGGGGGGAAGGCAAAGGAGCUCGCCAACGUUGGAGGGAUCGUAAUCAAGCCCAUGACGUUCGGGAUGAUGAAGUCGAUGUACUGGGCCGCUCACCAGCGCUUCUUCCGGGCCAUGUGCAUCGCGUUCAAGGUGGAGAAGGCAGUGGAGAUCACCAAGAAGGCCCUCGAGGAUGACAUGUGCGUUGUCAUCGGCCUCCAGUCCACAGGCGAAUCGUGUGUUUGCUCCUGCUGCUGCCGUUAUUUUCCGGCGAUGGGAAACAGGCGAAUCGAAUAUGAGGGAUGCGGUAAAGCGGAAGGAUGCCAAGGUGGGGGAGAACAAGUUCCUGAGCUCGCCGGGGGAGAUCAUAAAGCGGUUCAUUAUCAAGGUCUUCUGGGCAGACGAAGAGGACGACAUCAGGACAAUGAUGGCCUGUCGCCUCUGGAUUGGAAACCCCCCAAGCCCUUGGCACGUGGAGGGGCGACGAAGGAGGCGGAGACACUCGAGCACUCUCCGGACCACGAGGAAAAAACCGGAGACGAUGCCGCCGUCGCCGUGGACGGAAUCGAAACACCACCGCUGGUACCGGCCCCUGCCCACCAGGUUGUGGAUGUCGAGGAGAUCGAUGUCGACGAAGAGGAGUGGGCCGCCGCCGGUGGUGGCGGUGGCGGUGGUAGUUGCGGCGGUGGCGGCGGCGGCGGCGGUGGUGGUAGCGGCGGCGGCGUUGGCGGUGGUGAGACGGCUUCGCCUGACCCCACCAUUCCGAGCUUCACGGAGGAGGAAGACACCUUGCUGUGGGGGCAGGGAGAGACCAAGUUCGACCUGGCUAAGAGCAGGCUACACGCCUGGCUCGACAGGAUCCAUUACAUGGUCCUACCACACCCGCCGCUCGACCAGCUCGUGGACAAGCUGGGAGGGCCUAACGCGGUGGCGGAGAUGACGGGACGGCAAGACAGGAUGGUCAAGGCGGACGACGGCAAGGUGUAUCUCGAGAAACGAGACGCUAACAACACCGCCGGCAUUGACGAACAGAACAACUUCGAGAGGGCGGAGUUUAACGAGGGCAGGAAGCUUGUGGCCAUAAUCUCCGACGCCGCCUCCGCUGGGGUCUCCCUUCACGCGAACCGGACGCGUCCGGAAAACCCGCGACGAAGGCUGCACAUCACGUUGGAACUCCCUUGGUCCGCAGACAAGGCCAUCCAGCAGCUGGGCAGAACCCACAGGGCCAACCAGUUCCAACCUCCGAUAUACCAGCUGAUCGUGAGCGAGGUUUGUGGAGAGACACGCUUCUCGGCGGCGGUGGCCAAGCGGCUAGAGUCUUUGGGCGCUCUCACCCAGGGGGACCGGAGGGCUUCCCACGCGGGGGCGGGGGAGCUGGGCUUCACGGCUUUCAACGUGGACAAUCAGUAUGGCAAGAUGAGCUUGGACCACAUCUACCGCCUGUGCAUCUCGAGCGGAGAGAAGCCGGUGGUGCAGCCUCCGGACCUUGCAGACGAAGAGUGUGCGCACAUCCGAGAUGAGGUAGAUGAAGUGCUUGGGUGA